CUCUCUCCACUCUGAAAACUCUCUCCACACUCUUGGCGCACGGAGAGGAUGAAGGAUGACUGGCCUACACUGUUUGCGAGACUUCCGUGUCAGCCGUACCAACCACCCGCACCAGACGACAAGCAUGGCUACCAUGAUGGUGCUGUCGGGCUAUCUUGUCAUUCUCUUGAUCAUCAUCCCUUCAUGUUCCGCUUCUGCUUCGCUGGAGUCGCUGCGCCUGAGAUCAGGUAGGCUCUACACGGCUCAGUGCAUGACGGGGCAAUGAUCCGUGCUGUCUUUGGAUGCAGGAGGCUCCCUUGCCCUUCAGCUUGGCACGGCCAACGAGACUGACGCGGCGAACGCGACGGAGGGCCUCCACCAAGGUGAGCAGACGCACCUUACACAUUGAUUCACUCGACACUUCGUUUGCCUUCUGUUGUCUUGGCUGCAGCGCACAAGGGUGCCGAUCUUCAGGCUAAGACACACGGCGGUCAAUCGGUACAGCAGUGCCCGGGCAUGAGUCCCGCUGUCGUCGCGCAGCCAGCCUGUCAUUUCGCCCAUGCACAGUGUGGCCGGGGAGCUGUUGAUCCGUCCGUCCCUUCAGUGACGCAGGGAAGCCUCAACUGCGUAACUGCUCAAGCCUUCUGGGGGCUUAGCGCGUGCCUGACCGAUGGCGAAUGUGGUGUCCGAUGCGUCAGCCAUGCCCACCUCUACAUCCAGGUACGUGAGCACAGCUCUUUCCUUUGCCUUCACACACACAGAGACGUCGAUCUUGUGUUGCGUGUGCUGUUUGCUUUAGUUCUGCGGGAGGGACCACAACGGUGACCACGGUCACUGCACAUCCGUCCAAUUCUACGAAGCAUUCCGGGAAGGACUGGAGAUGCAGUGUGGAGCACGCAUACCCCACCGUCAACUUGGUAGGCCCAGGCAGUGCCCCCACGAGAGAGGUGUACGACAGCACUUCAUGCCUGUAUGGCUCGUUUUGUUCCUUCAGCGAAUUGGCGCCCAACAGCCCCGCCGGCGCCCCGUUCUGGCCACGUCCCAAGUCUCGGCCUGUAGAGAACUAUGAAGCCUUCAACUUGGCUGCCCUCGACGCCCUUGUGACCACUUCGUGCCCAUACAUACAAAUGCAUGCAGUAGCUUUGUCAAUGUGGACCCAGUGUAGUCUCUGGGUCGCCGAGGGAUGAUUGACUGACUUGACGAUUGAACUGUAGAUAGCUUGACGAUUGAGCUGUAGAUAGCUUUGUUUUGUGAGAGAGAGUGCCUGUCAUGGGACUGUGCUUUUGGUCAACGAACGGUUGUCGAUAACUUGAGCGAAGAAUGGAGACUCGAUGGUGUGUGUGUGUUGCCUCGAUGGGCACAGCCCAGGCCAACAUGACGUGUGAC